AUGCUUAAACAUUUUGUUAUUUUGCUAUUGAUACUUGGGACCAUUGCACAGCAGAAGAAGAAAAAAGAUCUGACAAGUUACACGUAAGUUUUUGUUUUUUUUUGUGAAUGUAAACUAAUUCAAAUGUAAACAUUGAUUUAGUGAUGCUGAUUUGGAACGACUAUACGACGAGUGGGAAGAAAAUGAUGAAGAUGAGUUAGAAGAAGAUGAACUUCCUGAGCAUAAAAGACCGCAGAAAAAACUCGACCUGGAAUCAAUGAAAGCGCAGGCAAAAAAUCCCGAAGAACUUCUGAUGAUGUCUAAAAAAGGGCAAACUUUAAUGAUGUUCGUAAAUGUUGUUGAUACUUCUCAACCCACCAAAAGAGAUAUUCGACCAUUUACUGAAAAAUGGACUUCUCUUUGGCAAUCACAACUUUUCAACAAUCACGUAGAUAUUCAGGUAUUUUUCUAAAUUUUUAAAUUUCAUUGUACAUAUUUUUAUUCAGGUUUUCGUGAUCGAUGACAAUCGCGCAAUCUUCAUGUUCAAAGACGGUUCACAAGCAAUGGAAGCCAAAACCUUCCUCCUGAAACAGGAAUAUGUUUCAGAAGUCAGUAUUGAAGGACAGAUUUUCAAAGGUCCAGCGAACCCAAAAAGCGAGUUAUAG